UUCUCUUCUAAUUUCGACCGUUUCAUAGCAGAACACCACGCGGUUUCCGAUGCUAAUUUUUUUUAUAUCGGUUUAGUGUUCGCGAUUUUUUCCAUAAAAGCGGAAAGUUGGUUGGAAUAAGAAUAUUCACCAGUUUUUAUGGGGUCAGCUGCAGUUCAGGCUCCCAGUACCGCUUUUGGAGAAAACAAUUCUGCUAUUUUAGAAACUUGAUUAGAAGAAGAGUUAAGCAAAUUUACAAAAAUGGAACCUCCACCAUGUAUUCAAAACGCCAUGAUGACCAAAGACAAGAAACCUUUUACAUACACACCUGGGGGCUUGAAUCUGAACGAAAUCAAAUCUCCACGUAUGGCGAGGAGGAUAGAAAGGAACGCUGCCUACGAAGGUGUUGGAUCAACCCCGACCCAGCAAAAUAGGCCGCAAGUAGCUCCAGGAUAUUUGCCGCCAUCUGCGUUAGCUGCAAUGCAACCCCAAAUGCACGUGCAGGUGUUUCCUUCGGGUCCUCCACCACCUCCGCCUAUGAGUAAUAUGAGGGGAGGAGCACCACCUCCACCACCCCCGAUGAGCAACAUACCUCCACCCCCUCCACCACCCACUCAACCCUUACCAACACAGAAAGUUAGAACGGCUGAUCACCAAACAGUCGAACGUCCAGAUAUGACCAAAAUCAUCCCCGAAAACCCAAUGGGCUUGCUGAAAAAGACCGGUGGUCCCAAAAUUAGAAACACGCUCCUAGAUGAAAUGUAUAGGAACCCAGGAAGUACGGGAGCUCAGCAACAACCACAGCCACAACAAGUAAGAUCCCCGCAACCACAACAAGUGAGAACUCCGCCGCAAGUAUGGUCUCCACAACCGCAACAAGUAAGGUCUCCUCCAAUUGAUAACGCACCAUAUCAACCACAAAUGGCUCAGAGAAGUAUACCAGAACCACCACAACAAGCUUGGUCUCCUCCUAUAGUAGAAAGGAAGGAAUCACCAAAAAAUACAAAUCAACAACCUGUUUUCCCGCAACAACCCGAAAGAAAUGUGAACGUAGGUUGCAUCUAUAUCCCACCAAUCAAGGCUCAACAGAAUAAGAAUCUGACAAAUGCUCCCCCAUCUCCUCAAUCUCCUAAAGUACAGACUUCCGGUACUCCUACUUUGAAGGAAGCUCCGAAGCCCUGGCAACAAAAACAGCAAGUUAGACAGGAGGAAGCCCCACAAUGGGCCAAAAAGGAGCCACCAAGUUACCCCACCACUCCUAUGUCUCCAGAACAGCAUACCCCUCAAAGUGCCCCAAGUCAACAACAACAACGCCCCAGGUGGCCUCAGAGUAAUUCAGCAGCUCCAAACGUUCAACAGCAAAGAAAUCCAGAGCCAAGAACUUCCCAACCUCAACCUCAACAAUACCAGCAUGUAGGUCCUGAAGAAGGUUCAGUCUAUACUCAAAGAGUUCUGCAACCCUUGAUUGAUCCAAGUAGUCAUCCCAACGCCGUCUUUGUUACUCAGCCAAUUGUCCUUCAACAUCCUGGAGCUAAUUACGGUCCUCCUGUCAUAAACAGAAAGGAAACUAUACCUGUUAAACUAGAGGCAGGUGCGAGAACCAUACCUAUCCAGAUUGAAGGCAGGGAAACUCCUACUCAAAACAGAAGUUUAAGCCGUCAGCAGAGUUGGUCCAGUAACCCCAGCCAGUCGGGAUCAUUCAGGGUGAUCCAGAAAAUAACCGGCACCGAUGGAGACGAGGAAGACCACUUCAACGGGGCUACAGAACAUGCAGCACGUUAUCCUCAACAAUAUCCCGCUGAACAAAUGCGGAAAAUGCAGCUCAACGACUCCGAUCAGCAACUGCUCAACAGAUUCAAACAAGCCGAAAAUAGUCAGUAUCAUCAGUAUCAUUACAAAACAAGGGAGAUGACGAAGCCGAAUUUGGUUGUAGAAAUGUUUUUUGACGAGGAGAACCCACGGUAUAGAGGAGGACAUAUUCCUUCCAGAGUAUUCAGGAUCUUAGAUCAAAGCGUUCCGAAUGAUGAUGGUCAUAAUAAACCCCAAGUGAGGACUAUUCCAAUACAAAUAGAAGGAAAUGGAGGACCAAAGACACCAAACUACGUACCACCAAGUCAGCAAGUUCCCGCAGAGGAACCGAAGAAGUACACGGGAAGUUCAAUUCCUUCGAGAUCUUUCAGGAUGCUGCAAGCCAUGACUGCACCUGAUUCUUGCGCCAAUGUCAAAGAAGCUAACGAAACGAACGAAAACUACGACUUUCCAUAUCAAGGAAACAAUUGGGCUUUUCCCCCCGCUUACGCCAUGUACAACCCACAACCCUACUGGCCUCCAUAUUACUCUCCCACCCCUUACAAACUCCCACACGCCGAGCACAGCAACUCAGAUCCGGAAUUGAACAGAGCUAGCGCUUGCAAAACACCUCAACCUUAUUUCGGUUACCCACCAUUCACGCCAACAAGAGAAAUCGAGCAAAAAUCAAGAACCCCGUCUUCUUUCUCGCGAUGUUCCUCCAGUACCGAACUGGAGAAUAUCAAUUGGAGACAAACGCCAGUUCCAUUUCCGAUGUAUCCAAGUCCAACAACACCAGUACCAGGAAGAAGAACUCCAAAGAGAACUUCAACAGACUCAGAAACUGAUUCUAAGACGUGUACUCCGGUACCAUACUGGUACGGAUAUCCACCUCCAGAAGGCCACGAAAAAAUGGAAAACGCACCACCAGAAUGCAACUACAACUACUACCCUCCUUACCCGCCUUUCUACGACCCUUAUUUCCCCUAUUAUUAUUACGGGUAUCCUCCUCCAAUGUUUUCUCCUCUCCCAUUCAUGCGACCAGGAAGUGAACCAGAAGACCUUAACGGUUACUCCUCAAUGGACGAAAUGUCCUAUUACACCCAGAAAAACAGAAGCCAAGGUGCCACAAAUCCUAAGGUUUCAAAUAACACGCCAGAAAUUGUGGUGACUCCUACCCCUGACAAUAUACAAAAAGAGCUUUCAAGUUCAGAAUCUGACACAGAUACUGAAACUAACGAUGUUGUACAAGAACCAACUCCAAAUUGUGGCAAGCUCCAAACCAUCAGAUCUGUCAAGGAUAUCAACGUGUACAAGCAAUCAGACGACGAGUCAGAAGUCUCGGAAGCAGAAGAUGAGUCGGAUGCUUCUUCAAAUUCAAGUGUUUACGAAGAAGAAAGAGAAGAAGAAGUCGUACCUCACCAACUGAGUGUCAUAUUCGAAGUCAGUGAAAUGACGGACACUUCCAGACAAGCAAGAGAAUCUAGCGUAUUUAGCGACUGUACAACUGUUGAAGGAAUGAGAAGUGACGAUGAGGAUGACGAGGAUGCCACUGGUAAACAAUGGAUUUCUGAUAACUUAAUGGAAAUAGCUUCGAGAAUACAGAGCAGGAUAAAUGCUAGGAUAGAACUUGACGACUCUGAAGUUUAUGCCAGUUUCACGAUGAAAACACCGUCCCCAAAAAGAGAAAUAGUUUCAAAGCAACAUGAAACAACAACGAAUGUAGAUGAGCAACCCAAAAUCAGUACACCAAAUAUAUCUCCAGAAAUAGAAGAAGAAGAACAUAAUGAAGAAAAUCACAGUGAAGGCCAAAACAAUCAUAUGGACGUAACGAAAUGUGAGGAAGAUAUAGAUGAAGAGAAAGUAGAAAAGCCCAAAGAAAACAAUCAAACAAAUGGAGAUGUAGAAGAAAACAUUUCAAAAGAAUCUUCUGAUAGUGAAGAUUGGUGGGGUGUUAUAGGAAAAAAUGAAGAUGAUUUCCCUAUAAGAAAAUCCAAUUCGUAUUAUAGAGAUUCAGACAAUAUUGAACCAGCUGUUGAUGAAGUUAUUGAGGAACUAGAAACAUCUGACGCUAAUGCCGAGAAAAGUGAUACAACAAAUAACUUGGAAGUAACGAACAGUAAAACUGAAGGACCAGAACUAAAUGACUACGAAAAUGAUACCAUCAAUGAAGAAGAAUGCAGAGAAUCAACUGUUCCAAAAUUAGAAAUAACCCCAGACUACUCAUAUGAAGAAACAUUAUAUCCAGAAGAAAUACAAGAAGAAACAAAGGAGGAAAUAAAAGAGGAGAUUGAAGAAGUGCAAAGUUAUGAAGAUGAAGUCUUCUAUGAGGUAGAACCCAAAGAAACUAUAGUCCCGAAGUUCGAGAUAACCUCCGCUCACUCUAGCCAUAGUAGUGAAAGCUCGAGGAAAGUUUCUUCAAGGGAAUCUGACGAUUCUUCCGACAGCGAAGAAAGCGAUUCCAGUGAAGAUGAAGAAACUAAACAUGACGUGAACAACAACGAACAAAACGAGGAAGAGGAAACGAUUGUUAUACCAUCGAUAAAAGACAGGAUAAAAGCAUUGCAGGAAUGCGUUGCAGUAAAGAAGAAAUUCACGAAGAUAGAAGAAGAGAUAACGAUUAGAGUUAAGAGUCAAGUGGAAGCAAUUGAUAGCGGAGAACCGAACAAGAGCAAGCCGGUAUCUGCGAAAAGUAGCGUCAAGUCUUUCGAUGAAAUAUCAGAGGAAGAUUCUGGAGUUACAGAUCUAAGCAAGCAGUAUUCCGACAACGAAGAAUUUCCUGAGUUGCGGAAAAUGAGUAAAUACCAGCGGGCAUCCACGCAUUCUAGAUUGUUCCAGCUGUUGCAAGAAGAAUGCGAGAAUGAAGAAGAGGAGGUGACUGUGGAAAAUAGAAAAACACAGUUGAGCCUACCUUUAAGUACGGACGCUAGUGAUAAGUUGGCCGAGGAAUUGGUGCACAGUAUGUUGAAACAGAAGAAGGGGCAGAUUUUCAGGAACAUGUCGGUUGAAAAAUUGCACGCAGCUGCCAAGAAGGUUCUUCAAGAGGACGGAGACAGCUGUGAUACACCAUCGGAAGGCUUCAGUGAUUACUUGUCGCCUCUAAGAAAUGACACGGGUAACUCAACGCCUCAAGAGUUCUACGGCCACUACAAUGAAUACGUUCAGUAUUAUGACUCUUGGGCACAGGCAGCAGCUCUCCAAGAGAACGAGAUCAUCCAGUCCAAAACCUUCAGGAUGCUGCAAGAUGCUGGACAGAAGACUAACGCUUUUUCUGGCACCCUGGCCAAAUGCCCACGUGUUCUGAGCGGCAAAAAUGUUCAUUCCGAUCUGAAGAAGCUGGUGGAGAGUCCCGAAGAAGCUUCCUCUAUCGACAAUCCCGAUCCUAAAUCUUGACCAAAACCCACAACGGAAGGUGGAAUUUUAUUUGAUUUCCAAUUGGUGGAUCCACGAUUUCAAUGAG